CCCUUAAGGUCAUGCCUAUCACGGUUGCCGUAACGAAAAAGAUGACAGUUACCAUGGUAACAAUGAUGUGGUUAACAGCACUUGUACUCGCAGCUUUACCGCUGACAGGCUUCAUUGUAUUUGAAUUUAGGCCGGGGUCAACUCAGUGUGGAGUUCAAAUCCCAACCAAUGUUGGUCAAACCAGUUACUCAUUUGUGGUUCUUGUGUUCGCCUUCCUUAUGCCGCUAUGUAUCAUGGGAUUCUGUUACAUCAACGUCUUCCUGAAAGCAAGGGGACUUGACAUUCGCCUUUCGAGGAGGUCAUUAUCGAGUAUCAACAGCGAAAGUUCGCUGUCCCAACAAAGUCAAGUAGCCGUGACCGUUUUUAUGAGGCUCAUGGUUUUUAUUGUCUGUUGGUCACCUUACUUCGCGUACAUGAUGUACUUGAGCGCUCGUCAAGUGAAAAGCCCAAACGCAUUCGCUCGAGGCCUGGGACUAGCUUCUUAUUGGUUUGCUUUCCUAAACAGCUGCAUUAACCCGUUCGUGUACGGCAUCGGGGAUCGAAAGAUCAGAAAAUCAUUGUAUUCAAGGGGCUGCAAUCGCAAAUUUCGAAGAAGUCGCGAACGUCACCAUUCCUUGAGAAAAGCACAUGAUCACUGUGAUUCGUGUUUAGUAACACCCCUGCCAUUAAUCGACUGCGACAAAACAUCCCCUCCCUACCCUGCUUUUAUCAACGUUGUUGCCCUGACAGAAGAAGACAUAACCAGCCCCAAUGAGAAGAUCGACAAGGCGACUGUGGACAGUGGAACUCAAACGUGCGAAAACUGAAAAUUUCAUCUUUCAAAGAUUUGCCACAAAUUUAUAUCGUCAAUGGAGCGUCUUCCACCCUAAACCAAGUAUUUCCACGUCAGUUACAAAAACAGCA